AUGGCCCUGCUUCAGCCUUUUAAGUACCGAGAUAACAGACCUAAGGCAUCACUCUCAGAGAGAACUCUAUCUUUUAAUAAAUCCUCUGGGGCUUCUGGACCUGGCCAAGCAGGAGGCGCCAUCAUAGGUGUUGACAUUCGCCACAACAAGGACCGAAAAGCUCGGCACAAGGAGCCCAAGAGCCUAGACAGCUACCUGUGGCUGCUAGUCAAGCUGUACAGGUUUCUGGCCACAACCAACUCGACCUUCAAUCAGGUUGUGCUGAAAAGGUUAUUUAUGAGUCGCACUAACCAGCCACCUCUGUCCUUGUCCCGGAUGAUCCGAAAGAUGAAGCUUCCUGGCCGAGAGAACAAGACAGCUGUGGUUGUAGGGAUGGUCACAGAUGAUAUGAGGAUUCUCGAAGUGCCCAAACUGAAGGUGUGUGCACUGCGGGUGAGCAGUCACAUCCUCAAGGCUGGGGGUAAGAUCCUCUCCUUUGACCAGCUGGCCCUGGAGUCUCCCAAGGGCUGUGGCACUGUGCUCCUGUCUGGUCCUCGGAAGGGCCGAGAAGUAUACCGGCAUUUUGGCAAGGCUCCAGGGACUCCACACAGCCAUACCAAACCCUAUGUCUGUUCCAAGGGCCAGAAGUUCGAACGUGCCAGAGGCAGAAGGAUGCUCACUAUUGCUAGAACCUUACCUGUUCAGAGAGAGGUGGUAAAGAGAACUAUUGAUGGCUGCAGUUGCCUUCAGAGAGGCCACUGCUGCCAAUGGCCCUGCCGCACUGCGGCAGUUAAAAACCACGAUUACACAGCACAGAGGUGUGCAGGGAGAACUGACAACAAAGGCACUAGUCAUUUGACUCUGAUCUCCACACUAUACCAGACUCGGAGCACAUAA